UAUGACGAUACUUAUCAGCAAAAUCGCAUUCAUCCUAUUUAUUAUAAAAUCGUCACUAGGUGACGUUUUGGAGUGUGAACAAAUAUGUAGUGGAAUUACGAAAUCAAUUCCUAAGCCUUUGAGAGGAAGACCGGGACCUCCUGGACCAACGGACUAUAAAGCUAUUGAUGAAGCUGUGGAAGUAAAAAUGAAGGAGUUGACAAAGUCCCUGGAUCUGAAGAUGAUAGAAAUGCAGAAAAAAUUUGAAGAAAAAUUGGAAAUGACUGUCCAAAGUCUGAAAAAUGAAAUUUCAAGCACAAAAGAAGCUCUGUGCCACGUUCGACACAACGAGAAAUGUUUUUGGAUCGUCUCCCAAGCAGGCACGAAUUAUAAGGCUAGUGAGGAGACCUGUGCAAAAGUUCCCGGGGGAAAACCCGCGAAUAUUUAUGACCAAAAGCAUUAUGAUUCAAUAAUUAAGCACAUGAGGGCUCGAAUACCCCCCGAUAUCUUCGGUUUGUAUCUAUGGAUUGGAAUGACCUAUGACAUUCAGAGCAAAAAAGUUAAAUUGAACGACGGCAAGACAUCAACAUUCGUCAAAUGGAGAGAGCAUUACCCAGGAAUGACUCAUGAAUAUACAGGGCUCCUCAUAAUGGCAAGGAGAGACGCGGCAGGAAAAUUUGAAGGAAUUUAUAAUCAGAAUCCGAAGUACAAAAAGCCUGGAGUUUUAUGCGAAGCUUGAAUUUUAAAUAUAUUGAAUAUGAGUUGAAUAUUUAUGCGUCUUUUUUCAUGAACUACUUGAUAUGUGGCAAUAAUAUGGCUACUCAAGUCAUAGGUAUAGCCAGAGGAGGCCAAAGUUUUCAACAUUUAUUUUUUGUGAUACAAUUUUGCGGCAUUCGCAGUGAGACAUGAAAUAUGACGCUUUUUUCAACAUCCUUUUACUUUAUUCUUGAGCGAUUUACUGAAAACUGAUUUUUCUGGCUUGCUAUCAAUAAUUCUUUCACCAAAUGAACCAACCGAAAUAGAUGAGAAUGUGCGCGUAAGCGAAGUAAGUCUUUAGAUCAGGGUGAUCCAAACCCAGGCACGCGGGCCA